CGCCACCAGGGGGCAGGAAGGCUCAUUGUAAGCCCAGACUUCAUACAAGUCGCUCCGGCAAGGAUCUGCCAUCAGUUAUAUUGCGAAUGUGCAUUAAUGGAGUGAAUUGCCAACUUGAUUCUUCUUGGAAAGAGCGAAGAUGCUGGAUGGGGAUGGUGAGCCGGGGGGAACGAGAAGUGAAGAGAACCAAGAAUCACACUCAGAUCAGGCUUUAGUGGACAUCCAACAGGAGGAGGAACAGCCACCAGAGGAGCAAGUUGAUGUGGUAGUCACUCAAGCUGAGGCAGCAGAUGGUGUUCCUGAAGUUGAAGAAGUGCUAAAGGAUUCACCACCAGUGGAAUCUUUACCAUUGGAAUUAGCACCAGAGGCAUCACUAGAGAUUGAAGAAGGUGAACAUCAGUUAGAGAUUGUGGAAAAGGCACAGGACCUUAAGGAUCCAGAAGAUAAUCCUUCAAGCGAGGAUCUUCAGCAAGAUGGUAGUAUGGCUAAGCAAGUGGUGGAGGAAAUGAUCACACAGGUAGAAGAAGAGAUGCAGGAGAUUGAACAAGAGGUAGAUGUAGAUACACAGCUACAGGUUGAUGAAACAUUAGAGGUAGAACAUCAGGAUGAGAAUCAAGCAGUCAAGCAAGAUGGUGAUGUAGGUAUGGAUGCUCAAGAGGAAGGCAGUGAAUUAGGUGAUCAAGGUAAAGACAGUGAGUUAGACACUAAGCAGUCACAUCUUGCUUUGGAUGAGACUGAAGAUGAUUCUAACAAAGAUGAACAGAAAGAGGACAUUCCUUUUGAAGAGCAAAAGGAAAAUGAACCCUUGGUAAAUCAAAAUGAGGCUUUGAAUGAAAAUGAAAAUAUUGAAAUGGGUGAGCUUGAAAAUGAAAUGGCAAUCCCCACAAAAAUUGACACUUCUCAAGUUGAAGAUGAUGAAACUACAGUAAUGGAUACAGAAGAAAUAAAUGUGGAUAAAGAAGUACACUCAGUAGUAGAUGAACCAGAAGAUGUGACAUCCUUGGAUCAUCAACAAGGAGAACAUGAGGAACAAGAAUUACCAAAAAGUAAUGAAAGAUUAGAGCCUGUAGUUGAGGAGGAAGUUGUGGAAGAAGUUGAGAAUGAAAUGGUAGAUGAUGAUGAAGAUGUAGAAGUUGAUGAGGCACAUGUUGAUAAAGAAGAGUUGAAAGAGAGUGAGCAAGUUGAGGCAGAGGAACCCAUUCUCCCAGAAGAUUCCAUAGAAGUUGAUGAUAUCCCAGAAACUGAAGCUGGACAGGAAGAGGAUAUUGAAGGGGAAAUGAAUGGCAUUGCUGGCAUUGAGGGUGAAGUUGAUGAUGAGGAUGAUCUGAAUGAUGAAGAGCUGAAUCCAGAUGGUAUUAUUAAUGGAACCCUUUCUGAUGGUAAAUCCCUUCCUCAAUGUCGUUUGAAACGUAACUAUUGCUGUGGUCACUGUGGUAUUAACACUCAGAACCCUCGGGAAUAUUUGUACCAUCUCCGAGAUGAACAUGGAGAGCGGAUGAAGGUCUUUGAGUGUCCACGUUGCAUAUAUGCAUCCAAAAACCAGCAGAAGUUGAUUCGUCAUGCUCGAAUGGUUCACAAGUUGAAAAUAAAGAGACAAGAGUCUAGCAGCCCAUAUAAAAGGCGUUCUAAGUCUCCCCGGGCAAAAGUUUCACCCAUGAAGACCACUAGAUCAAGUGUAUCACCAGGCAAGUCAACAAGAAGUAGUCCUGGAAAGUCACCAAGGAGUUCUGAAUCAACUCCUGAUGUUUGGGAUGGUAUGGAUGAUGAUGAUGACAGCCAGAUGGAUCCAGACGACUCAUCAGUUAUUGGUGAUGAGAGGAAGUUAUACUAUUGUGAGCAUUGUGAUUACUCCUGUAGAAGUCGUAAGCUCCUCAACCGUCAUGAAACUUCAUAUCAUCUAAAACGUAGAUUCUUUCGCUGUGUCAAAUGUAAUUAUGUAACGCAUCUCAAGGGACGUUAUACCAAACACAUGAAGUAUCACCAGUUGCCUAUUCUCAAAUGUGAAUAUUGUGACUUUAGGACGCCUUACCGUUGGAAUCUAGACCGUCAUCUAAAAAAUCACACAGAGGAGUGUGGAGAAUACAAGUGCCAUCUUUGCAAUUUUACUGCACAGAUUAAGCAGAGUCUUACAGUCCACAUAUCAAACCAUCACCUAACGACUGAGCAGAUUCGUGAGAGAGAAAUGCGGCGUACCAUAGGCAUCAGUGACCCUGCCGAUUGCACUUCUGAUGAUCAAGAAAUGGAACUGUUGCGUUUAGAGAGGGAUGAGCAUCCUGAUGCUCUCAUUUUACCUGGCUUUGACCCACCAGACUCUCCCUCCAUGUUGGACAGCUCUCAGAGUCACCACAAUGGUAGUAACAGUUUCCGGGUGUCAAAUAUUGACAUGGGAGGCAAUGAUGACUCGCAUGUGAAUGCUGAAGAUAGUAAGGAUGAAGAUGGGGAACCAAAAAGAAAGAAGCCAAAGAUUAAAAUUACCUUGAAAAAGAUGAAAGUACCAAGAUCUAAAGAUACCUUUUUCCAAGAACUCAAUGAGCGACACAAUUUUGAGGAAGAUUUCAUUCAUCCUGACGAUGUUGUUCACCGACAUGGCAAUGUAUACAUAAAGACAUUUAAAUGUCGUUUCUGUAUUUUUAAGGCAGCCUUUAAGAAUGAAGUUGCUCGUCAUGAGAAGAAAAUUCACAGUAUUCCCCUCCCUAAGUAUGAAGUACAUCCUAAGAAGGCAAAGAAGUCUGCCAAAUCAGUUAAAGUUUCAAGGCGCUCGAGUAUAACAUCUAAUGAUGAUGUGCUAAGCCAAAUACUAUUUCCUCAACCAGACUACAAGAACAUAGCAUCAGACAUAAAAAUCUCAGACACUCUUGAUAAGCUCAGUGAAGUGGAGGACAAGGAUCCUGACUUCAAGGGCAGUAAAACUCAUCAAGAGGAGACCAAUACUUAUGAUCAUGACAGCAGAAGUGCAAGUAGAGAAACGUCUGUUGAACCUCCUGAAGAUCAGUUGUCAGACUCCAAAGAAUCUUCCCCAUCAAAAGAUGCUGGGCGGAAGAAGGGCCUUUCCUUUUUUGAGAAGUUACAAGAGAAGAUGCCAACAUCUAAUGUACAGAAUUUGGUGUGUCAGUUUUGUGGGCAUGAAUCAAAGUGUCUCUCAGAAUCUGUUCGUCAUCAAAAGUUACACUUAAGUGCAAAGAAUAUAUAUGCCUCUGCAUCACUGUCAACCCGAUGUCAGUUCUGUCGACACAGAUGUAAAACUACUGAUGAUCUCAUGAACCACCUAAAACUGUGUCCAGAAGCUCGCAAAAACCAAAUAACAGAUUCAGGGAGACGACCAAGUGGCGGGAGACUUAACGAAGAUGAAGACUCACAGUCGAGUGAAAAGGAAAAGUUUAAAGGGAAUGAUGAGGAUGAUGAAGAUUGUGAAAUGAAGAAUUUACAUAAAGAUGAAGAUAUGAAGUUAACAAACAAUAACACCUGCAAGAGUGGUGAUGAUAAACAUCCAAUGGAGAAUAGAGUAUUUGUGUGGAAUAAUUUCAAGCUACAGGAAGGAGAACAAGGAACAGAGGGAAACAAAGAUAAGACUGCAGAUGAAAGUAAAGAAAAGGUGAAGAAAAAAGUCUCUCUGGAUUCUACCAAAAAAGCAGGUGCAAAAACCGCAGGUACAAAAAGUCCAGUUACAUUUGAAGGACCUUUAGAUUAUAUUGAGAGUCCAACACCUCAGGGUCGGCAUUAUUACAGCAAACGAGUCUAUCGAUGCCCACAAUGUAGCUUCUGGGCCACAACGGCAUCUCGAUUUCAUGUGCACAUUGUUGGUCACUUCAAUAGGAAGCCAUAUAAUUGUUCUGAGUGUGGCUAUAAGUCUAACUGGCGAUGGGACAUAACCAAACACAUUAAGUUAAAGACUUCCCGUGACAACAGUCAUCAGGACGCUCAAGUGAUAAUUACUGAUGAAACUGGAGAGAAGAAUUAUGAAAAGUAUGACUGCUAUCUUGCAAUUAUCCAGCUCGAUGAAACUAAUGCGCAUCGUACUGAAGGGGGAAUACCAACUCGCAAGGGACGACCUAAGCGCACUCCUGAAAAAGAGGAAGGACAAGAAACAUCUACUCCAUCUGCCUCUCCAGUUCGGAAACCUCCUAUGGUAUCCAUCCCAGUGAUGCCUCGACUUCAAGGACUGCCCCGCCUUACCAGAGCUCCAGGUCGCACAAACUCUUCGCGCCCAGGUCCAAUGCCUUUUGGUCCAAUAUUACCCGGAGCUCAGAUGAUGGUUCAGCUUGCCGGGAGUGCUGCGUCAGGAAGCUCAGGAGGCAACAGGCCUCCUCCUCCACUGAGCUUACGAGGGGCCCCCAAAUCAUCCACCACACCGCCUACAACUAGUACAAAUAGCAAGACAACCAGCUCAGGAGACAGUGGUUCAGGAAGCCCUGUGCCCAGUGGCCAGUAUCAGAUCAUCACACCUCAGGGGGCGGUUAAUACCAGCUUGGAGACACUGCAGCUACUGGCAUCUGGCUCGACCAACUUGUCUAAACUUAAGAAGCAGCAGAAAGGUUCUGUUGUGGACUCUGAAGAAAAAGACAGUCAGGCUACACUAACGCACCAGAUGAGAUUGCUAGCGUGGCUGAACAUCUUGGCGGGAGGUGCUGAAGAACAGGUGUCAGUAUCAUCAACAGGAGAGGACGGCAGGGAGGUGGCCAAGAUGGUUCUUGACCAUGAGGGCAAUCCAGAGUGGAAAUGCAACUCCUGCUCUUUUAGGGACAGUGAACGUGAGACAAUAGUGCAGCACGUGCGUCUCGCUCAUGCCCGCAAUGGCCCUGUGUCUCUCCUACACGCUGUCCAUCGCUGUGAUAUUUGCGGUUAUGCAGCUGGGACUAAACGGGCUGUGCAGCUGCAUAUUGACACCAGCCAUGGAGGUCAGGGUGGCAUCACCAGCCGAUGUGAAGGACAGAAUCCUGAAUCAAAGGAAGCUGCAGUUGAGGUUGAGAACGUGGAGUAUAAUGAGAGUGCCCGGACCUUCCAGUGUCGUUGGUGCCCAUUUACCUGCAAGAAGCGCAGUGAGAUGCGGCCCCACUUAGUUUAUCACACUGCUCGCUCAGACUGUAUCUUCAAGUGCAUGUUCUGCCCAUACUAUGUGCCUACAAAGGGUGAACUCUUUGAGCACCUGAGCAUCCAUGGCAUGGAAGUCCCUACAUCAGUCUUGGAAGCAGCUAGUAAAAGCAGUAAUAGCAGUAGUAAUUCGUCUGGGACCAAUAAUCAGGAUGAAGGUGGACCAAGACAGUUCAUAUGUGGUGCUUGUCCAUUUGAGACGAGGAGUCGUGCUAAGCUGAUGCACCACCGACAGUUUCACAAACCAAAAGGACUACCGUUUCGCUGCCCUCACUGUUCCUAUAAUGUGACUCGGCGCCAUUUACUUUCCCAGCACAUUCGUGUUCACGGGGCAGUUGAGAAUGUUGAGGGAACUGGAGCAAGUGUGAGUCACGUGGAUGAUCGUUCCAAUUCUCCUUCUCCUUCCUUGACCAUCACCCCAGUAGGCAAUGCUGCAUCUGGAGGGAAUACUGGAGAAGAUUCAGCCCUUACUGAUACCUCCCUGCUCCCCAAACUUACAGAUGACACUACAAUGCAACUUGAUGAUAUCCCAUUAGUCUGGGUAUCCAGAGAUAACCGUUUUUUCAAGAUGUUCAAGUGCCGCCACUGUCCUCAUGUAAACCUUCGGAAAACCAACAUUCAGGAGCAUGAGAAAAUGCAUAAAACUGAUGCUACUAAAAUAUCAGGUGGUUUAUACUGCCCAAAUUGCUCAUAUGUUAGUGUAAAUGCUGGCGUUAUGUCAGCUCAUUUAAAGGUACACUGUGGUUCAAUGGGUCAGUGUCAUGCUGUUGUUGAUCCAACAUUGAGUGAUGAAGACCAACUAAGGCAACUGACUUCAAGAGCUACUGCUCCAUCUUCUAACGUACCUCAGUCUGUGUCUGAAGACACAUCUAACAGAAAACUUGAUGAAAAGGUCCUGUAUUACUGUCAGCAGUGUCCAGCAAGGUUCUUCUUAGAAAAGGAAAUCCAGAUCCAUUCUCGUUUUCAUACUACUGGACUACCACAUUCCUGUGAUCAUUGUAACUAUGGUGUUCGACAGCCAGCUCAUCUUCUUGCUCACCUUAAGGUCCACACACCAGAAUAUCAACAACGCACUCGCACAAUGAUGAGUCAACACCGAACAGCCCACACACAUCCACCCGUACCAGGGCUAACACUUCCUCUUGACAUAUCUGUAGACACAACUGAAGAUAGCCAGUUGGUCCGAAAGAAAACAGGAUCAGGAGGCCAUGAAUUUUCUAUCUCCUCUCCAUCCACAUCCAGUGUCCCUCCACAACCACCACCAACCAGUAAAUAUAUGUGUGAUCGGUGUCCAGCGUCGUUCAGCAAGUUGUUAACGCUUCAGUAUCAUCAGUCCCUGCAUGGAGCCAAUAAUCCCCAUCAGUGUCAUCGCUGUUCUUAUGCUGGUAAAACAUACGAAUCUCUCCAACAGCACCUGCAUCUUCAUGACCAGCAUGAUAUCAUGUGUGAAAUGGAGAAAACUGCUAAAAAUACCCUAGCUGAAAAGAAAACAGAAAGCCAAAGGACAACAGAAUCUAUUUCAAAAUCGAAGAGUAACUCAAAGGGUUCUGAGAAAAAUGCCUCUUACUAUCCACCUAUUAAACUCAAAUUGAUUGGGUUGAGGCCUGGUACAUCAGAUGGUGGUGGAAGUGAUGGUGGUCGCCCACAGUUUAAAUACUAUGUUGAGGAGCAAGUUCCAUUGUCUGGUGUUGACCUUCUGCGCCGAAAGACACAACUAGAGAAGGAGGGGCAUGAUAAGAAUAGUGAUGGUGCAUCAAGUCUAAAGACAAUUACACUCUGUAAAAAUAAAUCAUCAAAGGAAAGAGAAGAGUUUGAGGAGGAGGAUCCUAAAAGGAUUGGCGAUCCUAAGCUCCAUUACCCGCUGCAUAUUGAUAAAGUUACCGGUAAAUCUCGUGAAAAGCGUUAUAAAUGUAACAAAUGCCCUUCUGCCUUUGAAAAGACUGAACAAUACCAUGUUCACUCAAACCUUCAUGAUUCCAAUCAUAAGUAUAGAUGCCGAAUAUGUGAUUACUCGGUGAAAUUCUAUGCCAAUUUUAUGAUGCACAUAAAUCGUCAUAAAUACCAUGAAAGAAUGGUGUCUCAGAAUGAUGGUUCACCUCCACCUGAUGACACUGAUCUUAAGUAUGAGCCUAUCAUAGCAUCAGGAGAUAAUUCUUCUCAGGGUGACAAGGGAACUAAAAACAGAAUAGAAGAUCUUGCCAACAAGGAGAAUAUGGAUGAUGCUGAUCUGACAACAUCAGAACGUCAACACCUCUUACUUCAGAACAAAAAGGGGGUCACAGGCCCUUCUAAAAAGGAUGAUGAGAAGGAACGCAGAGUCUACUAUUGUCAGUAUUGUCCAUAUGCAAAUGUCAGGCGUGAUGCUGUUGAUAGCCAUAGUUUGCGACAUCAUGCCAAUGGUGGGUAUGGUGUUUACAAGUGCACUUUUUGUGAUUACACAGCUUCUCAGCCUAAUUUUAUUCGUGAGCACACCAAAGUGCACUUCCGUCCUUUCAAGUAUGUACACCCUGAAGGAUAUAUGCGUCAUGACCGACAAGAGAUAUUGAGUACACCCAUUUUGCCACCUGGAGGAAGAAGGAAUGAGGGAUCAAACAAUGAUGAUGGUCCUCUGCCAGUACGAGAGAGGCAUUUGAUCUUCUGCCAUGAGACGGGCAUUUACAAACCAACAUUCGCAUCCCAUGGUGAAGAUGAGACUAGUAUUGAUUCACAAUUAGCCAGUGGCAUUGAAGUCAACUUUCGUUCUGGUGAUAUUAUUGAUGCUCCCAAUGAUUUUGUUAUUUCGUUGCGUCCUGGUAAAGGAAAGGGUGGUCAGUUUCAGUUGGAAACAAAUGAAGCCUUUGAACCUUCUGAUCAGAUGGUAUCCAAUAUAACCACUGACACUGGAAAGAGCUGUGAUACUGAAUUAACAAAAUCAACUGAAAGCCACUCAUUUCAGGACAGUUUUAAUAUUGUAGUAGGUAGUGAGAAAUUAGAAUCUAUGGAAGUAGAUGGUGGACACCAUUUAAAGGAAACUAAGUUAGCUCCUUCAGGAUCAUCAGACCUUGGUGAUUGUAAUAAAAUGGAGGUUGAUAGUGACAAUUUAGAGGUUCAUAGUGACAAUUUGGAGGUUCAUAGUGACAAAUUGGAAGUUGAUGGUGAUAAAUUGGAGGUUGAUGGUGAUAAAUUGGAGGUUGAUGGUGAUAAAUUGGAGGUUGAUGGUGAUAAAUUGGAGGUUGAUGGUGAUAAAUUGGAGGUUGAUGGUGAUAAAUUGGAGGUUGAUAGUGACAAACUGGGAGCUGAUAGUGACAAAUUGGAGGAUCAUAGUGACAAAUUGGAGGAUCAUAGUGACAAAUUGGAGGUUGAUGGUGACAAAUUGGAGGAUGUUGGUGACAAAUUGGAGGUUGAUGGUGAUAAAUUGGAGGAUGAUGGUGAUAAAAUGGAGGUUGAUGGUGACAAGUUGGAGGUUGAUGGUCAAAAAUUGGAGGUUGUUGAUUCUUGCGUUGAAAAAGAUAAGCACCAAAAUGGAGUCCUGGAGAUUACAAAUGGCUAUGUCGAUGGUGAAACUCAGGACAUGGACAUUCCAGCAUCAAAGGAAGGCAUGGAGGAAGAGGAUGUCAAAAAUAAAAUGGAAGUUAUUACAGAUGAAUCUUUGCAGCCAGUCACCAAAUGUUGGGGAACUGACCAACCUGAACAGUUAGUGGACUCACACUGAACAUAUUUAUUAUAAGUAUAUUGGGGAUGUUUUUUGUUAUUAUUAUUUUUUUUUUAAUCAUUAUUAUUAUUAUUUAUGCCAUAUUUAUUACUAUUGUAUCAUCUCUAUUAUUAUUACAUAUUAAUAUCAUUGAUAUUGCAUAAUAUUAUUAUACUGAUUAAAUUAAUUUAUUUUUAUUAAUAUUAAUGUAACAGGGCUGUGAAUAAAGUGUUAUUGGUCAUUUGUACUAUAAUCAAGACAAUUUGCACCACACCGAGUGCUGCACUUAGAUUAUUAUUAUAGUUUAAUUUAUUCACAAACUGACAUUGGCAUUAUUUAUAGCAUGUUAGCAUAGAAGGGCAAAACACAAGUCAUCAUCCUAAACUGCCAUGUUCAGGUUUUAUUAAACCAAAGACGGAAGGGUAAACACAUAAUCAGCUUUAUGAAGCUGACAUAGCCACUUGCCUUUGACAAGCAUUUUAAGUGAUUUUGCUUGCUCAUUUGUUAUGUUUAUUAGCCCAAACAAGCAGUGUGAUUCUUUGUUCAUAUUUAUGACACUGCAUCAAAUAUCAUGCUGGUCAACCGAGUGCCUCUACCAGUGAAUUGCUCCAGGAACCUACUUUACCACCAUUUCCACUGGGAAUAAUCAUCAGUAGUUGUUGAAAGCUUUGGAAAUAUGAAUGUUGAAAUUGUUGAUAUCUUUUUAUUGUCUGAAGUGAAAAUAAAAUGUCAGAUUUUUUAAUUAACCAUGUUGGUAAUGUUAAUUGUUAAUUGCCACAAAUAACCUGUGAAAGAGGAUGGGUGGCAGUGGUGGUGGUGGUCCCUUGCACAGACAGGAGGCAGAGCUGGCGGACAGAAGUGCUAAUGUCUUCUUAAUUUUGACCUCUGGUUGAAUAGUAGAAUUGCUUGUUUUCUUUUAGAAAUUUAAUUUAGACUAUGAGAAAAGUUAUUUGUUGUCUUGCUGGUCGUCAAUUAUUCCUAGAGUCUUCUAAUUAAUGUUUUUAUCAAAUUUGCACUAAUUUAUUGUCUGUACAUUAAACCAGUUUAUAAUUUAACUUCAGAAUGUUUAUUUUUAUUUUUAA